UUCCCUAUACCCCCUUCCUCUUCCCUCCUUCUCUCUCUGCGCUCGUAGGUCCACAAUGGUACAUCCAGCAUCUUGCAGCACAAUGGUAACAAGGUGGUGAUCUGAGGAAGGAGAGUGAUUCAGCAUCAGCAAACAUCGGUUCUGUCCCACCUCUGCUUUUUUUCUUUCCUCAUCGUCUUUUUAAAUGUAUUUUUAAGUAGCUUUCUUUUUUUCCCACCCCUUUGCCAUCUUUCUAAACGUUUAAAGUAAGCCUUCAGAUAUGGUCACCGCAAUGUUUCUCGUCGGGAUGUUUUGAGAACUGUCACCGGACUGGGAUCGUCAUCAGCUGGCACGGAAUGGUAUUUAUGAGCAGACAUUUCUUAUAUAACUGCAGCCAACCAAUCCUGGAUGUGAAGAUAGCCUUUUGUCAGGUGUGUGUUCCUUACAGGUAAAAAAGGGUUUUGGAAAACAAGUGGAUGUGUCAUACAUCGCCAAACAUUACAACAUGAGCAAAAGCAAAGUGGACAACCAGUUCUACAGUGUGGAAGUGGGAGAUUCCACCUUCACAGUUUUAAAACGUUACCAGAAUUUAAAGCCCAUCGGUUCUGGAGCUCAGGGAAUCGUCUGUGCGGGCUAUGAUGCGGUCCUGGACAGAAAUGUAGCCAUCAAGAAGCUGAGCAGACCCUUCCAGAACCAGACCCAUGCAAAGAGGGCAUACCGGGAGUUGGUGCUCAUGAAAUGUGUCAAUCACAAAAAUAUUAUCAGUUUAUUAAAUGUCUUCACACCACAGAAAUCAUUAGAGGACUUCCAGGAUGUGUACCUAGUGAUGGAGCUGAUGGAUGCCAACUUGUGCCAGGUGAUUCAGAUGGAGCUUGACCACGAGAGAAUGUCCUACCUGCUCUACCAGAUGCUGUGUGGUAUCAAACACCUGCACUCAGCCGGCAUUAUUCACAGGGACCUCAAACCAAGCAAUAUAGUGGUGAAGUCAGACUGCACCCUGAAGAUCCUGGACUUUGGUCUGGCCAGGACCGCAGGCACCAGCUUCAUGAUGACCCCUUAUGUGGUGACCAGAUACUACAGAGCCCCAGAGGUUAUCCUGGGCAUGGGAUACAAAGAGAAUGUGGAUAUAUGGUCGGUGGGGUGCAUUAUGGGAGAAAUGGUGCGCCACAAAAUCCUCUUCCCUGGGCGGGACUACAUCGACCAGUGGAACAAGGUGAUCGAGCAGCUGGGCACACCCGCAGGAGAGUUCAUGAAGAAGCUUCAACCCACAGUGAGGAACUACGUCGAGAACCGGCCAAAGUACGCAGGUCUCGCUUUUCCCAAGCUCUUCCCCGACUGCCUUUUCCCUGCUGACUCUGAGCACAACAAACUCAAAGCUAGCCAGGCCAGAGACCUGCUGUCUAAGAUGCUGAUCAUCGACCCUGCUAAACGGAUAUCGGUGGACGAAGCCUUGCAGCACCCUUACAUCAACGUGUGGUAUGAUCCAGCUGAGGUGGAGGCGGCGAGAGAUCUCAUCCAAAUAUCCAUGCCUCCACCUCAGAUCUACGACAAGCAGCUGGAUGAAAGAGAACACUCCAUUGAUGAAUGGAAAGAACUCAUUUACAAAGAGGUGAUGAACUUUGAGGAGAGAACGAAGAAUGGCGUUGUGAAGGGACAGCCUUCACCUUCAGGUGCAGCCGUGAACAGCAGCGAGAGCCUCCCACCCUCCUCCUCCAUAAACGACAUCUCCUCCAUGUCCACCGACCAGACCCUGGCCUCAGACACUGACAGCAGCCUGGAGACCUCUGCAGGACCCCUGGGGUGUUGCAGGUGACUAGCGGCCUGCCUGCGCAACCCCGUGUUCUUCCGAAGGUGAAGAACCCAACCCGAAAUGACCGACUGAAAAUACGACGACAAAAAAAAAAGAGUAAAGAUCAAAAUUAAUAUAUUAAGAACAAAAACAUGAGUUAUGGAAACAGAUUCUGAAAUGAUGAAAUCUAAAGCCUGUGCAUUGUCAUUCAUAAACAGCAGUGGUAUUUAAACUGAAGUAUGUUAAUGAUCCUCCAGUUGCUUUGCUUAUAUUACCCCACAUAUCUUGUAUACGCCAUCCAGACGAAAUGACCAAAUGCUUCGACUUGCAUCUCCCGUAAAGUGCAUACUGGCUGGCUGCUGGUCUCCCAAUUACAAAAGCAUUUAUGCUCCAAUCAUUGUGGCAAGGUGGGCUGCCAUUUUGCUCAUCACUAGUGUACAAUACAUUCUCCUCCUUCCCUAUCCAACCCUUAUGUAAUGACACUGCUGUAUUUUAACCUCUAAACGCCCUCAUCCCCACCCAACACAAUCCCCAAUGUAAGGUUGCCUGAUUUGUGUGUUUUUAUGUGGUUAUUCUGCAGGGAUAUGUAGUCGCUCUCACCCAGAGCGACGCUCCCUGCGCUACUUGUAAAUAAUGUAAUUCUGUACAGCUGAAGGGCACACAGAGUGGGACUGACGGCCAGUACACUGGGAGUUUUUUUUCUGACUAGCGCACCUUGCCACAUCACUGCUUUCCACCUCAGUUGCCCCUGCCUAUCGCUGUAGUCCUGCAUGACUAGAUUUAAAACAAUGCUAAUCUCACUGUAUGCUAAAAUGAGUCGGUAUAGAGACUUUUGUUUAUAUAGGAUGUAAACUAACUCAACUCCAGACAUGGGGGGUCUUGUCACAGGAUAGGACGAGUGAGUGAGUGAGUGAGUGAGUGAGUGAGUGAGUGUGUGUGUGCGCGCGUGUGUGUGUGUGUGUGUGUGUGUGUGUGUGUGUGUGUGUGUGAGUGUGUGUUUGUUAACCACAGACAAGCCAUUACGACAUAAGUAAAUGUCAAGGCUGAGUUUGGGACUUAAAGGGUCAGUACACUCUGAAAUAAAUUAUUUUGAUUGUGCACAGACUUCAUUAAAUUACCUUAAAGGGGUUUAAAAGUCAGAUUUUUGUGUAAUGUCACUUCUUAAUUUCUCCUGGCAGUGUAUGAUGGGUCCCUCCACCACCCCACGGGCUGGCCCACAGCCCUGCAUGUCAUUGUGCACCAUUAACCCCUCAUAGGCACCUCGGGAGGUUGGUCUGUUUCACUGUGGUGUUCUUAUUUAUUUGACUAUCUGAAACAUAGAGGGAUUUUAGAAAGAGAUACAAAUGAUACAGCAGGUAGUUUAAAGGCGGGCGAUGAGUGUUAACUUUGUAGCGAUGUAUCGUUUUGUUCUAAAACUCAUUUCACUGCACAUAAAGAAGGAACUGGAUCGAGGCGAGCCAACAGUUAUGUAGACUACAUUAUUUCUUAGCUGGAAGAUUUAUUUAUUUAUUUUGAUGGAUGGAACCUGAAUAUGGCAAGUGCCUUUUGGAAUGAAGCAUUGCAAGUGCAGAUAAUUAUAUUAUUUUUGGUAUUUUCUUUCCUCUGCUUCUUCGUUUUCUGCCUUAAAAACUAUCCGCAUCCCCGAGCCACCAAAGUUGGUCGAAACAUUUUAUAAUUAAAAAAGAAAAACCCCCUGUUCGACCAGAUGUUGUCGCUUUAACUUGCGGUGACAGCGACGUGUUGUGGUUUGCGAUCAAUUUGUUUUCUUCAGAUUGUAUGGCUUAACACAAAUUUAUGGUUAUGCUAGUUUUUACACAACAACUGCAUUGUUAGCGUUGAACUUUGCAAAAGCUUGCGGUGCACUCUUUCUCUCACGCUACCGUCCAAUCACGACCAACCCACUGUAAGUGCUUUUAGAUAAAACACACUCCAAUUAGAAGCAGGCGAUCUACGGUGUUAGAUGUGUAUUAUGUGUUAGCUUAUUAUCCUUAGCUAAAUGUUUCUCAUUAUCUUGGUUUUCUCUGCCAUAUUCCAUGUUCUCAUGCAGGCUGUGUGGGUUUAUGGGCAAAGAACCAUUAACAGAUGCUGGGUUAAGAAAUAAAAUAUUACAAGCAAAGAAAUAGUUUCUGUCUUAAUAAUUCUGCCGUUAGACGGAAAGACAUUCUACAUUAGCUGCAUAAUAAAUUGGUACUUGACAAUCAGGUAACUGACAACAUACAAAUAUGAGGUUUCUAGACACUCAAGGUGGCUUACACUGUUUGUUUCUAGCACACCAAAACACCAAAACACCAUUUCCAACCAUUUCUAUGAACAUCAGCGUAUUUCCUAGUUAUGGAAAUUGCAUGGCUCAUAUGUCGGCUAGUUUAGAAUAAAGGUUCAAUCCCAGUCUUGGCCUUGUUAAGACUUCAUUGUGAUGACAGCACUGUUUACACAUUUGUUUCUUAACAUUUGAUAGUUCACUUCCUGCAUGGGGUCUACCUGAAGCGCUUUGUCGCUGUACAUACAAUGUCUAAAAAGAAUCCCUCAUCGCAUAACUUCUAAUGGCUACUUUGUUAACACUCUUUCUGCCUGUGGCUUGUGUACAGUGAACCACACACAGACUUACAGACGGUCCCUUCUCAGAGCUAAGAGGGUGACUGAGGGUGGCGUCUCCAGAAUAAGCUACAUGCUAGCUUGGCUUUCUGUUCAGGGUCUGGCCAGGGCAAUCUUUUCAAAAACAGGGUGCAACUUUAAAACUUCUUUGUGUUUUGAGAAUGUUUAGAUGAAUUUCUCACUAAGGGGUCAAAGUGUCGACUCCCACUGUACACCACAGAUACUCACGGUACCGUAGUACAAACACAGAAACAUAUUCCGAUUCCUUUUCUUUCUCUGAAUGUGAUCUUUUUUAUAAGACAUCCCUCCAGACAAUUCUGUUGUGAUCAAAACAAGGUGCUUUUGGUCGUGUUUAACGCGCCUGAAGUGGAACAGCUGGGUUGUCAGCACUGAAUGUAGAAAUGAAUUGUUUCACUCACGUCAUUGCUGCUCUGCUUUGUCAUCAGUGUGUGUGUGUGUGUGUGUGUGCGUGCGCGCGUGCGUGUGUGAUUUCAAAUGAACCAGCAUUCAAUACAAACUGUCUGUAAGGUUGAAUUGGAAGAUGUGAUCUGACAUCUGGACAGAUUAUUUAACAGUUCACGUUUUCACAUUUUCCUUUCAAUAAAAGAUUUUUUGCGGGAUUGCUUUUAAGAAUGUUUGACGGAGAGUCGGUGGAGUCGUGUGUUUGGAAGUAGUUCAUGUGUGUAUUCACGUUCAGUCACAUACACUUUAGGAUUUAGAAAUGUGUCAACACCCAAUCCUGCUCCUAAUUGUUUUUGUUACAAGGGGCUUAAAAAUGAUCUCUUGUGGAUUCAGGGUUAGCCAAAUUAAUUUUGAUUCGUCUGUAAUCCGAAGGUGGCUGACUCGUCAUUCAGCCGUAAUAUUAUUGCCAAUUUGAAGUCACAAGUUAAGAUGCAUCUUGUACUCAGCUGUGCCAACAUCAAAUCUUUGGACUCAGCACUUGUGUCCCCCGGUUUAUUGAUUUUCACCUCUUUCUUUCGAGUCAUAUUGUAAAUAACAACAACCCACCAAUGCAAUAAACACUAUUGCACUCAGACAGGGAGGCAAGCUACUGCAAGGAUCAGGUGACGCUAAAAUGUUUGAAGUCUUUAAGACUGAAAUGUGAAACUUUACAAAGAUGAAACCCUGUAUAGCUCAUCUGAAUCAGGUGACGUUGUUCUUCAAUUCUUUUACGAUUCCUUCUCUCUCUCUCUCUCGUUUCUUUUACUCCGUGCUGUUUUAAUGAAACAUUCUUUUGACAUUGUCAGGUUGAAAAAAAAAAAAAAGAAAAGAAAUUGUAUCUGUUUCACGCUGAUCUCAAAGCUUCAGGCUCUAGCGUUUCAAAUAAAGUCAAAACAAAUGCAAAAGAAAAAGAAAAAAAAAUUACUGAAAGCUGUUACUGUAAACACAACAUUUUAAAGGAACUGUGUAUGUAAAAAUAGUAUAUGUAUGUGAUUGAAAAUAAACAAAAUCUUUGAUCUUGGA